AUGGAAAAAGAUCCGUUACCAUUUGUCGUUGAUACGGCCCCUUCAGCUUUCUCAGAUAAAAUUCUGGCACCUUCGAUAGAGGAAGUAAAUAGUAAUCCCAACGAAUUAAGAGCCCUGAGAGGCCAAGGUAGAUAUUUUGGCGUAGAAGAUGACGACAAAGAUGCUAUUAAGGAAGCAGCUCCGAAGUGCAAUAACUGCUCUCAAAGAGGCCAUUUGAAAAAGGAUUGUCCUCAUAUAAUAUGUUCCUACUGUGGGUCCACAGAUGAUCAUUACUCUCAACAUUGUCCCAAGGCUAUCAAGUGUUCAAAAUGUGAUGAAGUGGGUCAUUACAGGUCUCAAUGUCCACACAAAUGGAAAAAAGUACAAUGCUCUCUUUGUAAAAGUAAGAAGCACUCAAAGGAAAGGUGUCCUAGUAUAUGGAGAGCAUACAUAUUGAUAGAUGAUGACCAAAUGGUAAAACCCAAAGUCCUUCCCUUUCAUACUAUAUAUUGUUAUAACUGUGGAGAAAAGGGACAUUUUGGUGACGACUGCAAUGAAAGAAGAUCGUCCAGAGUGCCCAAUGAGGAUGGAAGCGCAUUCACCGGUUCCAACUUAUCAUCUGAGCUAAAACAAGAAUAUUACCGUCAUAUAAACAGAAAUUCAAAGGAAAAUGAAGACUACCAAUUCAGCGGGUCUAUAUACGAUGAGGAACCGCUACCGAGACAGACUCACAAAAAUCGUUCACAAAAUGAUCAUGCACACAGCAGCAGAAAUAAACGUAGGGCAUCGAAUUUCCACCCCCCUCCUUAUCAAAAGCGGAAUGUCAUUCAACCCACCAUAAGAGGCGAAACUCUUUCAAACAAUAAUAAUAGUAGUAAAUAUCUGCAGUUCCAAAACACAAAUGUAAACGCCUCGUCAAUAUCUGAAAAUAUGUAUGGUUCCAGGUAUAAAUCUUCAACUUAUGUUGAUAACAACGACACUCUCAAUUCUUCAAAAUAUAGGAACUAUAAUUCUUAUCAACCAUAUAGAAGUGGUACCUUGGGGAAAAGAAGAUAA